AUGAUUAAAAAAUAUGUCGCAUCACUUGCGCCAUGGGAGCCAUCAGACAGCUGGGUUACACGUUUCUUACGAAGGCACCGCGAAGCUAUCACCAACAAAACCACCACUGGGAUUGAUCGGGAUCGCUGCAAAGCUGAUAAUAUGGAAGACUACCGUAACUACUUCCGUCUCCUUCAUGAAAAACUCGAUCAGUACGAUGUUAGGCCACACAAUAUCUACAAUAUGGAUGAGAAGGGCUUCCUCCUUGGGGUAACUUCACGGUCUAAAAGAGUCUUUUCAAAGCCUCUUUGGGACCAGAAGAAGGUAUCUGCGUCUCUCCAAGACGGCAGCAGAGACUGGAUAACAGUCAUGGGUUGCGUCUGCGCCGAUGGAAGCUGGGUAGAUCCCGUCGUCAUCUAUGAAGGCAAAGGCGGGCUUCGAGACAGCUGGUUACACGACCUAGAGGUGGGGAAACACCAGCUUUUUUGCUGCACAAGUCCGACAGGGUGGAGCAACAAUGAGAUUGGCUUGGCCUGGCUUGAACAGGUCUUUAACCGCAAGACAAAAGAGAAGGCAAAGCGGGACUGGAGGCUUCUACUGCUUGACGGCCACGGUAGCCACGUGACGCCUUCCUUCAUCGAUUACUGCGAUGCCCAUCGGAUUCUACUCGCCGUACUGCCUCCACACUCCUCUCACCGGCUUCAACCGCUCGACGUUGCGGUGUUUGGGCCUCUGGCAACUGCGUACGGCAAAGAACUGGAUAAGUUCCUCCACCGCAGCCAAGCGUUGCUAGAUAUGCAGAAAAGUGACUUUUUACAGUUAUUUUGGGCUGCUUAUACAUCUGCGUUCACAUCUGAUAAUAUACUAAGCAGUUUCGCAGCUACAGGAGUUCUCCACGCAACGCCGAAGCCGCAUCUUGCCAACUUGGUAGAAGCUGCAGUGCCAGAUACGUCUACAAUUGCAGCAAAACGGGUGAAAGAGGCUUUCCAUUCACUCCAGGUCAAUAACGAGCUCCUACACGUUCAAAACGAGCAACUACGC